AUUAAUCUCUUCCUACUCGAGCAGCACUUUGUCGACCUUGACGUUUCAGCAAUGUUGCACUGAGUCAUCGUGAUCAAUAGUUUAUGUGCAGGUGAGAUAAGUUUCUUCGCAUUUGUGUCAAGAUCGUGGUAGGAGCUGGUCGGAAACAUGCCUCAAUACAAGCUGGUUUACUAUGACUUCCGUGGACGAGGGGAACUGUCUCGUUUGCUCUUCGCUCUGGCGGGACAGGAAUAUGAAGACGUCAGAAUCACGAAGGAAGACUGGCCAGCGGAGAAAGACAAGUACCUCUUCAGCAGAAUUCCGGUGUUGGAGGUAGAUGGGAAACAGUACGGGCAGAGCAUGGCUAUCGCCAAUUUCCUGGCCAGACGGUUCGGCUUCCAUGGCAGCACUGAUGUCGAAGUACUAGAAGUUGAACAAGUCCUUGGGAUUGUUGGGGACCUUCGUGAAUCCUUGGUUCGAUUUUUCACGGAGAAGGAUGAAGCGAGGAAGGCGGAGAUUGUGACGGAAAACAAUGAAACUAACAUGCCGCUGUUUCUGGGCUUCCUUGAGUCUGUGUUGAAAAACAACAACACUGGGUACUAUGUGGGCGAUAAGAUUGGAUAUGCCGAUGUGGCUGCAUUUGAUUUACUUGAUGCCGCUGGCAUUGAACAAAGCCUGGUAGAACGCUUCCCAUUGGUCAAAGCCAACGCAGAGAAGGUCAAGGCCAACGAGAAAAUUGCCCAGUGGUUGGCCAAACGACCGCAAACACCAAUGUGACGGAGAGCCAAGAAGCCUGGAAAUAGAACAGGUAUACCUAUAUUAUAUACUUAAACUGCCACACAUCAUGUCGUCAACACAUGUUUUGUAUGAGGAAAGGACAAAGAUGCCCAGUGGUUCCAGCUCAUAGUUGGAAUAGCACAGGUUGGAAUAAAAGUAUGAACUGCAA